AGGGCCGGUCCCGGUGGAGAGAAACCGGCGGAGGGCGCUGCGCUGGCGCUCCGGCUCCGCUCCCCCCGUCGGGAAAAGGGCGGAGCCGCCCGAGACCGGCCGCGCCGCCCCCGCCCCCCGCCGGGCUUAUAUCCCCGUCGGGCGAAGCGGGGGGAGCUCCGCUGGGCGGCUGAGGGCGCGAGCGGCGGGUCUGGCGCGGGGCUCGGCGGCCCCAUGGCGUCGGGGUGGGGAAGGCUGCCCGGGCCGGGCCUCCUGUUGCUGCUGUCGCUGCUGCUGCUGCCGCUGCUCCCGGGCCCGGCCGGCGCCUGGUACAAGCACGUGGCCAGUCCGCGCUACCACACGGUGGGCCGGGCGUCGGGGCUGCUGAUGGGCAUCCGCCGCUCUCCCUACCUCUGGCGCCGGGAGGAGGCCGGCCCGCAGCCCCGCCGCGGCCCCCCGCCGGACCUGCCCCCGCGGUGGCUGCGCCCGCCCCGCCCCGCCUGGCCCGCGCCGGAGCCUCCCCGCUCCGACGGCCGCUGGGCGCGGGAGUUGCCGGCGUGGCUGGCCGGACGAGCGGAGGGCCCGGGCGCUUCCCUUGCGGCCGAGGGGGCCCGGGCCGGCCCUGCGGAAGCGGAGGCCGCCCAACAGUAUUUUCAAAUCUGAGAUAUGAUUUCAUGUGAAGCCACAAGUCCUGUGGGAAGAACGCCUGAGAAAGGCCACGGGGAGGGGGGGGUCACGGAAACCGAUUUGGGAAGCAGAGUGUGAGCAAAGAACGGAGCGAGCGGCUUGCCUGUCUUCUCCCCCCCCCCCCAGGAAACCAUCUGUCCCUGCUUGCCUUGAACCUGCCCGGACUUGCUGGAGGCCACAGAGUGAGUCUUUGGGCCCGUGGAAUUGGGGCCCCUGUUUGAUUCUCUUCUUUCCAACCGUUGAGACGUGGACGAGAAACUCCUGCCGUCUUCUAGCCAACUUCAUGCUGACGUCUGAGGGUGGAGAAGAAAGAAAAAUGUAUGAAGUUCGUUAUGCUUUUUCAGAUGUCUCUAAUGGCUUUUUGCUAUAUGAUGUGUACUCUGCCUUUUCCCCCUCUGGGACGCUGUACUAAUUAAAACUGAAAUGUAAUCAACCCGC